ACGUCACACGAGCCUCUUAUAUGAAUCAAUAGGAAAACUAAAACCCUACGCACAAAUAAGCUGCAACUGCGAAAGGGUUAACCAUUCAAUCAUAUUCAUACACCCAAAAUGCCGAAGUCGAAGCGAAAUAGACAAGUUACGCUGUCGAAGACGAAGAAAAAGGGAAGGGAUCACAAAGAGGCGAUAGUGAACGCAAUAAAAGAAGCAGCUGAAAAGUACAGUUCAGUUUACGUGUUUUCGUUUGAGAACAUGAGGAAUCAAAAAUUCAAACAGUUCAGGGAACAGUUGAAAUCGAGUAGCAGGUUCUUUCUGGGUUCAAACAAAGUAAUGCAAGUCUCUCUAGGUCGUUCUGCUUCUGAUGAGAUUAGAUCAGGCCUUCACAAGGUUUCAAAGCUAUUGCGCGGAGAUGCUGGGAUGGUUUUUACGAAUUUGCCUAAAGAAGAAGUUGAACGGCUGUUUAAAGAUUUUGAGGAAUAUGAUUUUGCAAGAACAGGAACUGUUGCCACUGAAUCGGUUGAUCUCAAAGAGGGUCCUUUAGAUCAGUUCACACAUGAGAUGGAACCUUUUCUCCGGAAGCAGGGCAUGCCUGUUCGGUUAAAUAAAGGAGUUGUGGAGCUUGUUUCUGAUUUUAUUGUUUGUGAGGAGGGGAAGCCCUUGUCACCUGAGGCUGCUCGCAUACUGCGUUUACUGGGAAUCAAGAUGGCUACAUUUCGACUUAACCUAAUUUGCAGGUGGAGUCCCGAUGAUUUUGAACUUUACAUUGAUGGGCCUGAAGAAUCAGAUGUCGAAUGAUCGUAGUACCUUCUGUUUUGAAACUUCAAGAUUGUGGAUCAAAAACAACGUUGAAGAUUACUAGAUAUCAAGCAUAUGUAAUUUGCAUCUACUGUGCUACAGCAUUUUUGGGAUAAUGUACUUUUAGGAUAGUUGAUUUGUGGCAGUGUGGUAGAUUUAUGUGAACUAGGCUGAGUGGUUAACCGGGAAGUGGCGUCUAGCCAUUGUCUGUAACUUUAUGAAAAAUUCAAAUUAGAGAUUGCAGUUUUUUUACCGCUGAUAUUCAGUUUCUGUCAAAUUGGAAGACUAGUGGCCAAAUAUCUCUGAAAAGAAACCCCCUUCCGAAACAUUCAAUCCUUAAGUCAAUCAAGAAAAUGAUCGUGUUAGCUUUGAAAGUUAGUCACACCAGUUGCAUGUUGUAGCCAAAUUUAGGGAGGACAAUGUUUUUUAGAAAUGUCUGUCAAUCCUGUAAUUUAGGGAAGUAGCUAAUGUUGUUUUGAUAAAUAUUCUGACGGUGUUGUACCUUAAGCUCAUAUUUAAUCUAUGCUAGCACGGCCUUUAAAU